AUCCCUGCGGAAGCAUCGAAUGCGUAGAACCAGAAAUCUGUCAGCUGGACGGUUCGAGGCAACCGGCCUGUCGCUGCGGGGAACAAUGCGGCCUCGAAUUUUCACCGGUAUGCGGAAGUGAUGGCAAAACGUAUUCGAAUGAGUGCGGCCUUCGGCAGGAAGCCUGUCGAUCGAGAUUACCGCUCAAGAAAAUCUACAACGGCGCCUGCAGCUCCGGACAAAAUCCCUGCGAAGCGGCGAAGUGCAGCUUCUACGAGCAAUGCGCGAUCAAUCGCCAAGGGAUCGCCAAUUGCGAAUGCGGCCCCGAAUGUGAGCCGGUGAUGAGGCCCGUGUGCGCCCGCGGCGGGACCACCUACACGUCCAUGUGCGAGCUGAAGAGGCAGGCAUGCCUGACGAGGGGCAAUAUCGAAGUCGCUUAUGUCGGCACGUGCGGCUCCAGGGGACCCUGUUCCGAGAAG